UCAUGCAAAAAUUGACUAUGGCGCAAAAGGACGCCGGCGCAGCGGCGAGCGGCGGCCGCACGGGCAAGCCGCACGCGGUGGUGGUGGUGUACCCGAUGCAGGGCCACAUCGUCCCCGAGACGCACCUCGCGCUGCGGCUGGCGGCGCGGGGCUUCGCCGUGACGGUGGUCACCACGGAGGCCGUGCACGACCAGACGGCGCGCGCCCUCGGCGUCGACCCGGCCGGGCACGACGCCUUCGCCGGCGCGCGCGCGGCGGGGAUGGACGUGCGCUGCGAGCUCGUCAGCGACGGCCUCCCGUUGGGGUUCGACCGGUCGCUGCACCACGACGAGUUCCACGGCUCGCUGCUCCACGCGCUCCCCGGCCACGUCGAGGAGCUGCUCGGCCGCGUCGUCGUCGACCCGGCCGCCACGUGCCUCGUCGCCGACACCUUCUUCUCGUGGCCGGCCACCCUGGCCAGGAAGCUCGGCGUCCCGUACGUGUCCUUCUGGACGGAGCCCGCGCUCAUCUUCAACCUCUACUACCACGUCCACCUGCUCACCGAGCACGGCCACUUCGGAUGCAACGAGCCUCGGAAGGACACGAUCACUUACAUCCCGGGGGUGCCGGCGAUCGAGCCGCACGAGCUCACGUCGUACCUGCAGGAGACGAACGCCACCAGCGUGGUGCACCGCAUCAUCUUCAAGGCGUUCGAGCAGGCGCGCGGCGCCGACUACGUCCUGUGCAACACCGUGGAGGAGCUGGAGCCGUCCACCAUCGCCGCGCUCCGCGCCGAGAAGCCCUUCUACGCCGUGGGCCCCAUCCUCCCCGCCGGCUUCGCCCGCAGCGCCGUCGCCACCUCCAUGUGGGCCGAGUCCGACUGCUCCCGCUGGCUGGACGCGCAGCCGGCGGGGUCCGUGCUCUACAUCUCCUUCGGCAGCUACGCGCACGUCACCAGGCAGGAGCUGCGCGAGAUCGCCGGGGGAGUCCUGGCCAGCGGCGCGAGGUUCCUGUGGGUGAUGCGGCCGGGCAUCGUGAGCUCCGACGACCCGGACCCGCUGCCUGAGGGGUUCGCGGCGGCGUCCGCCGGGCGCGGGCUGGUGGUGCCGUGGUGCUGCCAGGUGGAGGUGCUCUCCCACGCCGCGGUGGGUGGAUUCCUGACGCACUGCGGGUGGAACUCCGUGCUGGAGAGCGUGUGGGCGGGAGUGCCCAUGCUGUGCUUCCCUCUGCUCACUGACCAGAUCACCAACCGGCGGCUCGUCGUGCGGGAGUGGCGCGUAGGCGUGACCAUCGGGGAUCGUGGCGCGGUGUUCGCCGACGAGGUGAAGGCGAGGAUCGAGCGCGUGAUGUCUGGGAAAGAGGGGGAGGAGCUCCGGGAGGCGGUGAAGAAUGUGAGGACGACGCUCGAGGUGGCCGCGGCGCACGGCGGGUCGUCGCAGCGGAGCUUCGAUGAGUUCGUCGACGAGCUAACGCGGCGUUGCGGCGGAUGUUAAGCUGCGCCGACUGAUCGGCCUGAAGCGCCACCCACCCGCCGUUGGAGAAGGAAUGCAUUUCAGUUCAUAGGAUUUUUCUGUCUUUGUAUGUCUUUGUACUCUGUCAUGUGUAGUGUGUACCUAAUUGCCAUCAAAAGUCAGAUUUUUCUGUCUAUAUCAAACGCAUAACCUUGCCCAGCAAGGCUAACACGUUAUCAACACGAUCCUCUCAAGACCGUCAUG